AUGUCGUCAAAACCGCAAACUUAUAUGUCCAACGGACAAGUCCUUGGAAGCCCCCCGUUUUCUGUCCGCCUCGCUCGCUUCUUCGACAAUGUCUAUCUCUUUCUGGGUCUCUACCUCGUGAGCCUCUUCUCGGUUGAUCCUUACACUGCCGCUCAAAACUCCAAAUUCAACGUCACCCGCCCCGGAAACAACCCGAACACUCGAUCGCGAUGGAGCGGAAGUAGUGGCUAUGGAGGAGGAGGCGGCGGCGGUGGUGGCGGCGGUGGGCCUGGUGGGUUUGGACCUCGCAAGAUUGGUCGCGUGGAUGAUGUUCGCGGACCGGAGUGUAAGAGCUGCCAAUGA